AUGGCAGGAAACUUGCAUGCCAUCUCGAAAACUGCGGAUGAAGAAGGGGUCAAGCCCAUGUCCACUAAACCUUUCCUGGAAGAAAGGACCGAGGAAGAGCUGUACAUCCAAUACUCCAUCCAUCCAAAUCCACUCCAAAGGCUCGAGGCCCGGUGGCAGUUUCCGUCCAUUGUUACACAUCUAUUGACACCUCAGCACCUGAAAAAUAUCACCGCCAUGAUCGUCAGGGACCUCAGACGUCUCUGCCUCAUCAUCGGUUCCUUUCUUUGCCUCAUCUCCAUCACCCGCAUCAUCUGGGCGUUCCCUUCUCUAGCCGGGGUGAGCGGGACCAAAAUCCUAACCUCCCUCCUCGGCGACACUUUUGGUGGUUCCGACGGCAUAAGCGGCUCCUCAUCAUCAUCAUCAUCAAGAAACCAAGUACCCUACCACGGCGGCGGCAGCAAUUCUUCUUCUUCAUCAUCAUCCAAAGAUGGCACCGCCAAAUCCUCAUCUUCCUCCACGUCGGGAGCUUCAAACGGCGACAGUAUCGCCUCGACGACGACGACGACGACGACGACGACGACGACGACGACGACGAACUUGAACACGCACCACAGCCAUCAAACAAUCUACUCAGUCUCCACCCCCAACGGCGCCUACUUCCGCAUCCAAUUCGCUUCCAUGUCUUCUUCCUCCUCUGAUGACGAGCACAUCACACCCGCUUUCAAUCCCAACAUCAUCCCCCACCCAACCCGGCCAGGCAUCUUCAUCGUCGUCGCGCAAAAGUGGCAAGACCCGCUUCCUCGCGAUCCAUCAUCCCCUGCCGGCUCUGCUAAAAGCAAGAAACCACCACCACCACACAAGUUUCAGCACGUAACUACCUCGUCAGAAGUCCACUGUCUUGCUUCUUUUGUUGAUAUCACCCUUUUCACUUCCACUACCACUUCCCAAUCCCAAUCCCAAUCAAAACAUCCAGCGUCUCAAGAGAAUAAGCAAAAGGAAAAGUCAAAAAUCCUCCGAUGUCUACCGGAGCACCCGCCCUACCCCCUCCUGAUAUCCGCAACACCAGGGAACAACUGCGUCGGACCCCUCUUGGGAGUCUUGACGUUUAAUGUCGGUCCGCAUGAUGCUCGAGUGUUUUACGGAGGGGACGGCAAGCCGUAUACGAUUUUCGGAAGCAAUUCGCAGUUUACAUGCUUUGGGAUGUGGAUGCAGGAUUUCCGGGUGGUGGUGGAGUGGUGGGGGGUGCAAGUGGAGGCGUUUGGAGCGGGGGAGGGGUGGCGGGUUGCGGGGGAGUUGCAGCGGCCUAGUAAUCUACCUCUGGGAAUGGGGGAUGGCGGUGGUGAUGGAAAAGGAAAGGGGGAUCAAAAGGGUAAUGAGGAGUUGAGGGCGGCGGGCGUUGCCGGUGAGGAUACGGGUCUUGAGGGGAAGCCAAAGAUUGCGCCAGGAUGGAGCGAGGUGGAAAAAAACUGGUUUGUGUUUUGGGCUCCUCCCCUUCCCCUCGACUCUGGCUCCUCCGACUCCUCCCUAGACUCAUCCCACCACAAACCCCAAGAUCAACAGCAACUCCAGACAUACAUCCAUUACGACUUUUACCCGCACCGCUCCUUCGCCCUCUUGCACGAUGACGGGUCCGCCACUGCCAUUCCCUCUUCUUUCAUGUCAGCUCACUCCGACGAGAAAUGUCUUUCUCACUUCUUGCCUCCCUUACCAUCCGGAGAACCAGUGUCAAUCCACCAAUCGACCAACAGCCUCCGACUCACCCUGUGUAAUCGCUCCGAGCCAACAUGCGUGGUGACGGAGGAGAAUACCUACAUCUUGACCAUGAUCCAGUACAAGACGUUUUACCACUUUCAUUCGGAAUAUGAGCCGUAUGUGGUGUUGUUUUCCCAAAAAGCGCCGGGGUUUGAAGUGUUUGGGGUGUCGCGGAAGCCGCUGUGGAUCGAGGGGCGAAAGAGAGAGAAAGGAGAGGAGGGACAGGAGAGAACGGACAUGUUUUAUGUGACCAGUGUCAAUUGGCGUGAUUAUCACGGAGACCAACAAGGGCCGGGGUAUCAUGGGUAUCUGGAUGAUGUUCUGAUUAUCGGGUUUGGCAUUGAGGAUAAGGAGAGUGGAGGGAUUGAUGUGUUGGCUGGGGAGUUGGUCAAGGGGAUCGGGAUUUGCUCCGAGGUUGUGGGCGAUGUGAAAGAGCAGGCGACGACGGUCUCGGUGUUCGGUGGUGGUGAGAAGCAAGUCGAGCAAGGGGAGAACGCUCCUCCGGGGUCUGAUGGGUUCCCGGCUCAGGACAUUCCACCGGAGAUUCCAGCUGAUUUUCCGGCCAAUUUCCCCGCGGCUGCUCCAGCUCCGGAACCGGUGCAAGCGGAUUUCGGUUUGGGACCGGGAGUGCAAAUGGACACUCCGCCGCCGCAACCUCAGCCCGAGUCGCAGAACGGAAUCUGAUGGGACACACAAUACGAUGGUGCCUCAUUCCUGUUCCAGAUCGUCGGGAUUGCGGCGUCGGCCGUUG